CAAUAAUUCAUUUAUAGAGAAACAUGUCCUAAUCCAGGGGAGAGACUGGGGAUACUUGGUUUGAUCGUAAGAAAUCUCAAAAUCUACCCAGCAAAUGUGGAACUUUAGUACGUCUUUGUCAGGUGGAGAUGAAGAAUUGCAAGACGGGUUCUUGGAUCAAUCCGAAGGUGUUGGCUCUCUUUCUCAUACGCAGAGAAUCUAUGGAUUUGCUGCUUGUUUACUUGCCGGCGUGGUCAUGAUGUUUCUGUCAUUGAUUGUGUUUGUCAAACCUAUCAAGUUUGCUGUACUAUUCACCUUUGGGAACAUUUUUGCUGUUGGGAGCACAGCAUUCGUUAUCGGGCCAAUGGUACAAAUUAAAAUGAUGCUUGAUCCUGUGCGCAUUUAUGCAACUGCUGUUUAUGUUGGCUGUGCUGUUGUGGCACUCAUUUGUGCUCUUUGGAUCCAUAGCAAAAUUUUGACUUUACUGGCUAUUAUAUGCGAGAUCUGUGCCCUUGUUUGGUAUAGUUUGAGCUACAUACCGUUUGCUCGAAGAAUGGUUUCCAACUUGACAGUUCGUUUAUUUGACACUGAGAUCUAAGCAAAUUCCCCAGAUUGAAGAAAUUUCCAGGCACAUAAGUUUGAUUGAGAGUAGGCUUCUUUUGUUCUUCGGUUUCCAGAUUAUGCUAUUUUUUUGUGAAUGUGUGUUCUAUUUAAAUGUACUAUUAUUAUAUAUAUGAGAAGAAAAUUAACACGGUUCUUUGUUUCA